AUGGAGACCGUUUUCAUUACCAUCCACGAUUUAUCCCAGGAUGCCCGAAUCAGGUAUUGUUCCGACUCGGUCGAGGACAUACUGGGCUACUUUCCCCACGAGGUAACGGGUAGAUCAUGCUGGGAUUACUUCCACCCAGACGAGAUUCCCUUUGCCAGGGCCAUCCAUGACCGUGGCAUUAGCCUUGACAAGGCGGCUGUGAUGAACUAUUGCCGCAUCAGGCACAAGGAUGGUCACUGGGUUGGGUGUGAAUGCGUGUUCACUGUGGUUCAUGAUGUCCUUGUGGCCAGUACUGCCAUCUACCGCCGGGGACCAAAAGCAAGACAGAGGGCGCUAGAUGGAGCCGGCAUCCGGCGAAUCUUCUCCUCUUCCCCUCGGGAUCCCAGAUACCAUAUGUUGUCAUAUCUGUCUAACAAAUUCUACGAGGAGCCUGCUGCUCAUUUUCCAGAGCCGCGGGCAGCACUCUUCCUCAACCGCUUCUCACGGACCUCCACCGUCAUGUUCGCCACAAAUAGCAUCACCACCAUUCUGGGUCUUCAGCCAUCAGAACUGAUUGGAAAGAGCUUCUACCACUGUAUCGACCAGAGUUGUCUUCAAGACGGCGUCAAAUGCAUCGAAAGCGCCAAAGCCAACGACUCUAUCGCCUACUUGAGGUUUUGGUACCAGAACCCUCUGCAAGUGGAUAACAGGGCUGAUGCUGAGGCUGUUGGUGACGAGAGCGAUGAAGACGACGAUGGUGGUGUUCCUUUGAGGCCCGGCACUCGUUCUGGUUCUAGUGUCUCGAUGGCGGAUGCUUCAACUCCUCGCCAAACCGAAGAUGCCGCGCACGUCACUGAUCAUCAGACGUCGAAUGCUCCUGCACAAGCCUCCACUUCUCAGUCUACUAGGGCCCUACAGCAGCCUCAAACUGAUGUGCAGAAUGUCCAAGAAUCCAGUCAGAAUCACAUCAGUCUUGCACCUCCCACAGGCACAAACCCCACUAACCAGCCACCAUCAUCCGACACGAGCACGGGUCUCGCAGUCAACGCGCGCGAGACAGCCUCCGACCUAGAAACUUCCAACAGCUCAUCUCCAUCGCAGGACAGGCCUGGCAACGUCAAUGCCGAACGAUUGGAGCUUGAAGCUGUGGUUUCGUGCACUUCAGACGGGCUUGUUGUCAUCCUUCGCCGCGCAAAACCGUUGGUCCCUCAUACACUUGGGGCGACAGAGGCUCCAUAUUAUGCCAACGGACUGUUCGCAUCACCCUGGGCGCCGGAGCCAGUUAUGCCUCGUGCGGUACAGCAUGCUGCCAUGGCUCCCUCUACUUCUUUCCCGUCCGCGGACGCGCCCGAGUCAGGGUUCAUGGCUGCCAUUCGCGAAGUUGCGGUCUUUGCUUGGUCACUCACUGGUAUCAACGGCUCUCUCGUGCAAUAUGCUCGGGGCAACGCGGCUCCGGAGGCAUUACCGCCAGACGGUCUGCCUAUCUGGGAUCCCAAAGCUGACGUUGAUCCGCAAGCGAAUGAGUUGUACAACGGCUUCUUGGGCAGUGCGCAUCGCCCGUUUGCUGGGUCUUCUGGUGAGUCAAGCGGGACGAAGAAAGACGAGGAAUUGGGCAGUAGUGAUGAUGAAGUCCUCUGGAAGAGAGCACCGACACUGACGCCCUGGAGACGACCCAAGAGAAGAGGCCACCAGGAUGCUUUUGGAGGGGAGGAGAAUGAUGGAGUGGAUGGCGGGAAUGAAGACGGCAGGAGAAAGAAAGCCACCAGAUCGCAUUCUAGCUCGGGACCCAGUACAGGUUCCGGAGGCGCCUCUGCUGCAGGUUCUUCUUCCGGCUCAACCUGA